AUGCUUUCUUCCACCGAUCCGCACUUUACUACUGCAAGUACGCAAUCGCCAGAAACCAUGGGACAUACUUGGCGUACGCCCUCUCCCACCAGGGAGGCCUAUAUCAGCUCCAGCAACGUGAACUCGCCGCAGGUUCUACCUGAAGUUCACGACGGUCUUCCUCACGAGCAUGCAAGCUAUCAGCAACGCGUUGACGGUCGCGCUUCCGCUAUUGCGGCGGUAGAGACUGCAAAGCAUAAUCGACGACGCGACGCAGCAUUGUCACGACUCUACAACGUCUUUGAUGGCAAGAGCGACUCGGGCGACCAGAAGCCAUACAUUCACACCGCUAUCACCAAAGACGAGGACGGGGAUGUAGCGCAGCCUGAGCAGCCAUCCACUCCCAAGAAGAAGCGUGUGCCGAUACUCUGGCAUGGACUGCCAUCCCCGGAGACACCCACGUUCCACCGCGAUGCAGGAACUACGACUUCAGUAGCAGACUCUACGCAGACCGAGCUAGUUUGGCAGGCCUCUUUCUCUCCAGCCAAGAGAUUUGUCGAUCAAGUCCCUGUCUCGGAACAGAGUCGCGUUCAUACUGAUGGCGGCGCUAUCGAUGACGCCAAACCCACGUUUUCGCAGACAUCAGAUAAAUCUACACACGACGAUGCGAUGCUUGCGCGCGAGCUUGAGCAGGCUCUUAGUCCUUCGUCAACCCGCCGGAGUACCAGACUGCGCAAGCAACCCAAGCCGAUAUCCCCCAGGGCUCUUCGCAAGCUACUCCCCGCACCGAAAGCACCGGAGAACGCAGCGCACUCAGAGGCCAGCUUCAGUACUGAGCCUGUUAAGGCCGACCCCGUACCGUUCGAUGGACUGCCAACUAUUCACUCGCUGUCCUGGCAGCUUCAGUACCCUCCGGGCGGCAGCACUCACCCAUCCUACCCGUACCCUGCCCUAGAUCCCCGUCUCCUCUUCCAUCAGGCUUUCGUUCCAAUCAUAGGUGGACUGCCCGAUUUCAAGUUGGUACCCAAACUCAUGCUUCCAAUGGGCUGGAAGCAAGUUUCGUGGUCCGGCCUACUGCCGAUCGUUUUCGAUCCCUAUCGCCAGGCGUUUAAGCUCACACCAGUCGGACCAAUGCCGCUGACAUGCGAGGAACUUCACCAGCAAGGUCUUCAUCAGUACGUCCCCGGCGGUGAGUUACAUCCGGAAUAUGGCAUGUUGCCAGACAUGCUCAAGCUCAGCGACGGAAGCGAUGCCGAGGUCUACAACUUUGACGGCACCGACUGGACUCUGCCAUGGGAGGGUCAAGUGGACUUCCACGCACCCUCAUCGGAAGCCAUGACCAAGCGCGAGAGUGAAUCGUAUUCCCCGCCCUCAAGCCCAUUCAUUUUCACACCGGUCGCUCCACCUCACUACAAUGAAGCCUGGGACUGUCCCGACGGUAUCAUCGACUUACCUGAUGCAUGGAGAUGGCUGGCUGAGCACGACAUCAAGCCAACAUCGAGCUUUAUCGCCUCUCCUGGCAAGACCUGGAGGGGUACUGGCAGCCAUCGCAUAGCCCGCCGCUUCAAGCAACCGAUCGCGAGUUUGAUGUCGACUACCAUUGCCACUCUUGCCUCCGAUCCCGCCGAGAUCUUUCUUGUCAACCAGGAUACCAGAGAGUUCUGUGCAUUCAAGAGUGUUGCGACACCGGUUCAUAUCAACAUCGCUCUUCUCGAAGACGUGGAGUUCACCUUGAAGGAGCUGCUGUCUUACUUCCCUUGGCAUUACUACUGGAGAAAGGCGGCCGAUCGAUUCGUCGUGGCAGGUCUGUCUAGCGGGGAUGUGGCCAACAUGAUCAAUCUGACUAGAAAGCUCGAGGGCGAUGCAGCAAGGAAGACUAGUAGCAUCUAUGGCAACAUGCUGUAUGAAACAGCGGAAGACGGUACGCGCGUCAAGAUUAUUCGCUCCGGUGACGAGAAGUCAGGAUAUACGGCUCAAGGUUGGACUUACGAUCAAUGGGAGCUAGCCGACUACCCGCUAGUCGGCCUUGCGCAUGGGCUGGUGGAACUACCGACUGGCGAGGAUGCCGGACCACUGACGAAGAUGAUCAUAUGGUGUCGCGAGCAGGGCAAAUAUCGUACGAUGCUCUCCGACGUGCCGGCGCUGUUGAAGGAAGCGGGUAUCGAAAACAAGAUUCAGCGGCCCGAGAUUGGAUGUCCGGAUCAGAUGAUGUUCUUUGAUCAUUCCGAGGCGUUGAAGGAGGACCGGAAGAGGGUUAUUGUGAGUGAGAAGUUACUGAAGAGGAAGAGGGAGGAAGAGGGCAGGGAAGAGACCAGGGGAAGAAAGAAGAAGUCAGAGUAG